AUGCAAAGAUAUUUGGGACCAAGAAUUAGAAAGGUUUUAAAGAUGUCAUUGCACAGAGACAAUGUUGAAUUGAAGACGUUACCGCACAGUUAUGAAGGAGAAGUACCUUUGGCGGUCAUUGGAGGCACUGGAUUGUAUGAUUUGCCUAAUUUGAAACCGGUGGCCAGAUUAACUAUCUCAACUCCAUGGGGAUUUCCUUCUGCACCAAUUACAAUAUCUACAACAGAGAGUGGGUUUCCUGUUGCAUUUUUGGCUAGACACGGUCAACAUCAUGAUUUACUACCAUCGGAUGUGCCUUCGAGAGCUAAUAUAGCUGCAUUGAAAAAACUUGGUGUUAAAACUAUCGUCGCUUUUUCGGCAGUUGGGUCAUUGCAGCCCGAAAUUAAGCCUAGGGAUUUUGUUUUGCCCACACAAAUAAUUGACAGAACGAAGGGGAUAAGGCCCUCAACAUUCUUCGAGAAAGGAUUCGUAGCACACGCUAUGUUUGGAGAGCCCUUUGACUUGAAGUUGAACGAAUUGAUUUCUUCGCAUGUUCCAGCUACUGGAUUUUUAGAAGGCUUUGAUAGCGAUGGCACUCCCACUUUACACACUAAACACAAAACUAACAAAGGAAACGAUCUAACAGUUGUAUGUAUGGAGGGCCCUCAAUUCAGCACAAGGGCUGAAUCUAGAUUGUACAGAACAUGGGGUGGGUCAGUCAUUAAUAUGUCUGUCUUACCAGAAGCAAAAUUGGCUCGUGAAGCAGAAAUAGCUUAUCAAAUGAUUUGUAUGUCAACUGAUUACGAUUCAUGGAACGAAAAUGAAGAGCCGGUUACCGUUGAGACUGUAGUUGGUAAUUUGAAAGCUAACUCGGCAAAUGCUUGUAAAUUGGCUGCUCAUUUAAUAGAUGUUAUAAGUGAAGAGUUUGAAAAGGGAUCUUCUCUUGGUGAAGAUUUGAAAGGCUCGAUGAAAUAUGCCGUUUCCACCAAUCCUCAUGGUGUAAAGAAGGAGUUGUUAGAGAAGAUGCACUUCUUGUUUCCAGGAUAUUGGCCAAUCAAUUGA